UUCUAUUUCAUCCUAUUUGAUUGUAAAUAAACCCUUGUAUGGCGCCUUACAUUUUCGGCGGGUUGCUUAAGGCUGUUGGGCUUUGGACAUUGUGUGGUUAACUGUCCUAGUGUCGGUAACACUUGAUUGUAUCCUGCUAAUUAAAAUGCCGGACAGCAAUGUUGCUAAGGGGGUCGUGUUGUCAGAUAAACCAGACAAGUUUAUCGAUAAAAUCGAUCCUGAGGAUCCAGAGUAUCAGAAAAGUUUAAUGCGCCCUGCCUGCAUAAAAGAAGAUGUAAAUCUGAUGAUUCAACGACAGCGCGUUUCCGGCAUAUUGAAGUCAGAUGCUUUCCGACGAGAACUGGAGGAGGUUAUACGUUCUCAGUGUCAAUCUGGUGACUAUCCUGGUAUGAGCACUAGUCUUCUGUCUCUGCAACACAUAUCAGAUCUAUUCAAUUCUGCCCCUUCUGGAAAACCUCUUGGUGGGGGUGGGUUUUCAAGAGGGCAUCGUAAUGGUGUUAUUCCGAUAAAUGACUUGCGUGGUGGUGACGCGACUGUUUAUUCUCGACGUGAACGUUCUCUCCGUUGCAAACUAGCAUCGGUAUAUCGCUUAAUAGAUCUUUUCGGAUGGAAUUCGAGUAUAUACAAUCAUGUGACUGUGUGUGUUAGUCGCAAUCAUGAACAUUAUUUGGUUAAUCCUUUCGGAUUGCUUUAUCAUGAAAUUACUGCUUCGUCUCUUAUCAAGGUCGAUUCCAAAGGCCAGAUACUUGAUCCAGGAUCUACCAUUUUAGGUGUAAAUCAAGUAACCUGGGCCUUACAUUCAGCUGUUCAUUCAGCUCGGGCUGAUAUCCGAUGCAUUAUACACUUGGAUACCCCUUCUACUGUUGCAAUAUCUUGCAUGAAAUCGGGUUUGUUGCCUCUUUGUAAUGAAGCAAUGAUUUUGGGCGAAGUGGCUUAUUAUACUCCUAGCGGUGGAUUAAGCUGUAGAACCAACGCUGACGCUAACGGAGAUUUCGGUGAUAUUAAGGAUUGGGCAGCUGAAUGUGCGACAGUCAGUGAAGCUUUAGGUCCAACUGCUCGCAUAUUAUUUCUUCGAAGUCUUGGAUUACUUGCCUUAGGUGAAACGAUCGAGGAGGCAUGGCAUUAUGCAACUAAUGCAAUAGUUGCAUGUGAUACUCAGCUCUUAUUGGCCUCAGUCAGUGCCGAAAAUCUCAUUCUCCCUACAGACAAACUAAAGCAAAAAACUUAUGAAACAUGGCGUACAGCUGGAUUAGGCGGUCUUAGUGGUCCAGAAGCUGCACUAGCUAUGCGACUAUCUUCGCCUAAUAAAUCUAGUACUAGUGAAGCAGGACAACAUUCAGUAACAAAUGGUUUCAUCUCAGAUGGUUCAAAUGUGGAAAGUAAUUCGGCCAGACCAUGGCGCUUAGGUGAACUUGAAUUCGAAGCUAUGAUGCGUCAUUUAGAUAACGCUGGGUGUCGUACAGGCCAUCUUUAUCGGCAGGAGGCUAUGGCGAGCCCACAUCGAUCACGAAGAAGUAAAGUCGUGAAUGGGCACGGUGGGGCUGGUCGUCAGGACGAUGAUAUACAAGUUCCACCAUCUGCUUCGUCUGUAACUGCUACAAUGGCUUAUUAUUAUGAUGACGGAGUUCUUUCGGGCGAUGAAACGGAAACACCUAGACCAUCAACUCUUAGGCGCGAGUUUUCGGAGAAGCAAUGGUUUAACACACCAAACAAAUACACUAAAGAAAUAAUUGAACCUGCUCCAGGCCAUCAACCAGUUCCGCAUUGGGUUUGUGAACGUGAAGCAGCUGUUCAUAAUGCUGUUUGUAAUGGUGCUCUACCUCCUCCGGCACCAUUCCAUCCUUUAACUCAUGGAGCAGUACCACUUGGUUCAACUGGUGGACCGGCAACGGGGACUUCGUCAGUCAUGUCACCCUACAAUGUAUUUGCUCCUCAAGGUUCUAAUCCAAAAGAAUAUCGCGAGCAGCAAAAGAAAGUCAAGGCGAAGUAUUAUCAUGAUACAAAUACUGCUGGACCUCAAUCUCGGCUGUUGGAUGGUCUCACAUGGGAUGAAGCUCGACGAGUUCGUGACGAAGGUUUAGUCAAAGUAUUAGGUCCGAGAGCCGCCGCUUUAGUGGCAGGUGGUGUUACUAGCGAAAUGCCUGUAGCUGCAGCUAGUAAGGCGAUUAUCCAACGUGAUAUACGAAAUGCAGCAGUGAUAUAUGAUGGUCUUUAUUCUCAUCAAAAUCCAUUCGAAAAAAUUACCGAUGAAGAGUUAGAGAUGUAUCGGCGUGAAAUUGAACUUAAAAAUAAUCCUGAUUUAGCUGCCGAGAUGGAUCAUCAUCUUACCGAACAGAAUGCAUCUUUUGAAGCUCCUAGUUCUACUACACAUCUUAUAGAUUCAUUAGCCGUCGAUAGCGGUGCUACGGAUCUUGAAAGUGCCAGCGAACUUGGUCCAACUAUUCAUUCAUUAUCUGAAUUAUCUCCGUCUGUACAUAAUGCAAGAGUUGGAGAGAUUCGUCAUUCGGAGACGUACCCAAUUGACAGUCCAGUUACUGGUCGGUUAAAAAAUUCAUACAAUAAUUUUUUUUAAAUUUAGUGCUCUGCCACUUUCGUAUAUGUUACUAAUACCAUCGCUAUUGUUAUUAUUAAUAUUAUUGGUUAUUGAAAUUCCUUUACUUAAUUUUGACGCUGGAUAUCACCUAUCUGCAUCUCUUUUACAGGUCGCUUAGCACCACCACCUACGUCAGGGACACUGACAUCGGAACCGAGUGGAACUGAAGAUAUGAGUGAAAGUGAUGGUAAACACAAGAAGAAAAAACGACGCUUCAAACUUCCCUCAUUCUCAUUAAAACCUAAAGACAAAUCAAAGAGUAAAUGAAUAGCUAUCUCGUUUGAGUAUGAAUAACUACCAGCUAAUUUGCAUUACGGUUCACAAUUUCGCAUCACAUCGUCGUUAACCCUAGAAGAUAUAAAUAAAUAUAAUUAGUAAUUUCGCUUACAUUCUGCAAACACAUUUGAGAAAUCAUUCCUCUAUUGUUAAAUGUUUCUAAAAACUUAACAGAACAUUUUUAAAGUGUGAUGCGAUGUGUGGCUGUGCCUUAAAUUUCCACAUGAUUACUUGAUGCAAAUUCUUUAACCCUAAGGGGAUGAUGACUAGGGGACUAUUUUGAUUUUAAAAGAUGUGUGUAAUAACUAUUGUUGACUUGUAACUAUACAAGCACAUAAUAAUUGAGUAUAUUUAAAUUAUUAUGAUUAUCUUUUUCCGAUUGUGUUUCUCCUUUUUUUCCUUCACAUCUUUCCUUCAUCAUAUGGACGUUUCACAAGGUAGUAGAAUAGACGAUGAAAAACCGUCUUGUUGUAUUGAAUCUUUUUUGAAUUUGCCUGUUCGUUGAUAUUGUUAUUAUUUCAGCUAAUUAAUAUGCUUCGCUUUCCCUUGAAAAAAUGACACAAUGUUUUGUUUAGGAUAUUUGAUUUUGGAAGUAAUGUAUCACUAGAUCACUUCCCCUUCCACCUGCUGUUCUGAUUUAAUCCCACUCCCAGCUUACUAUAAUGCUAACAAUUUUUAAAAUCAUAUGUAAAGUACUAUUCUCUUAAUUUUCGACGAUAUUUAAUGUUGUCAUCAUCCACAUUCUAUUUCUCAUAUUUUCUUAAUUCCUGCACUGCACUACUCCGUCCAUAUUUUCAUAUACAUAUAUCUGUCAAUGAGCCGGUAAUUACAGUUACCUGUUUUUUCAGUUAAUUUGAAUCAAACAAAAAUCUUAGAUUUUUUUGUAGCAUUUGGGGACUCAAUUUUUCAUUUCCCUAAAAAUCGACUUAUAUGCUUCUUACUGUUCACUAAUGUCUGUUGCCUUACGUUAUUCAAUAUUUUUUUCCGCAUCAUUUUGUUUUACGUGUAUAGUUGUUAACAUUGUUAAGUUCACGUGUUUUCCCCCUUGCUACUUAGUUCGAUACAUAUAAUUUUAUGCUUUUUUAAGUAUAUGCUCCAUUUAAUAAAUCAUAUUGCAUAAACAAGCUUUUGAAUAAACAUCCCUUUCUUAUCUGUGCUUAUGCUUAACCUGAAAUCCUGAUUUUCACUUCUUUAUUUUUCGUUUUAAUUUUACGCCAAAUUAUUUCCUCUGAAUUGUUCUUUUUGCGGUUCUUUAAACCUGAGACCCUGCAAUUGUCCCACUAAUAUACAUAUAUUUGAUGAGUAAUAAA